AUGAUUUCCUUGCUUUCAACAGCCCUCGUGCUGGCCAGCGCCGGCCAGCUGGCUCUUUCUCAAUUCGUGGCGGCUCCCACAAACCUCACUUCCAAGACAGGUUACGCGAAUGUCACUGUUCGCUACAAGGAUGUUCCAGCAGGAAUCUGUGAGCAAGACCCAGACGUCAAGAGCUAUUCCGGCUAUGCCGAUGUCGCGCCCGGUCAACACAUUUUUUGGUGGUUCUUUGAGGCGAGGAAUGUCGAUCCUGAGGAAGCACCACUGACCAUCUGGAUCAAUGGCGGGCCAGGAUCGUCCAGCAUGAUCGGUCUGUUCCAAGAGCUUGGCCCUUGCAGAAUAAAUGCGGACGGUGAAGCUGAAGACAACCCGUACUCGUGGUCCAAUGUCACCAACAUCAUCUUCAUUGACCAACCGACGCAAGUUGGCUUCAGCUAUUCAGAACCUGUCCCCGCGUACGAAGAUCCUGCGUCAGGAUACCUGGUUCAACUGCCCAACAAUACUUGCCCAGAAUAUGCCAGCGACUGGGCUUGUGGAACAUACUCUUAUUGGAACGAGUCGUUGACUGCCAAUAACACUCCAGCGGUUGCACCCAACAUGUGGAAGACUCUUCAGGGGUUCAUGGGCGCCUUCCCACAGUACGCAAGAAAGGGGGUGUAUUUCACAACCGAGAGUUAUGGUGGCCACUACGCUCCGAUUGUCUCGGAGUACUUUGUGGAACAGAACGCAAAGAACAUCAGUGGAGCGCACGAGAUCAACCUCGAGGGUGUGCUGAUCGGCAAUGGCUGGUAUGAUCCUUUGAUUCAGUAUCAGGCGUACUACAACUUCAGUGUCUCCCCUGGUAACACUUAUGGCUAUGAUCCACUCAAUCAGACUGUCAAAGAUCAGUGGUACAACAAUCUCUACGGGCCAGGCAACUGCUAUGACCAGACCGUGGACUGCAACACCCGUGGAAUUGACUCCAUCUGCACCGCGGCCGACAACUUCUGCUACCAGCAAGUGGAGAACUUGUACGACAUCUACCUCGAGCGAGACGAGUACGAUUUCCGAUACCUCAUGCCGAAUCCGUUCCCUCCUUCCUACCACCUUGAUUAUUUGAACACAGAAGUCGUACAAGAGGCGAUUGGGGCAUAUGUCAACUUCAGCGACUCCAACAGUGCAGUCGGAAACGCCUUCGCAUCAACCGGAGACGACGACCGAGAGAUUGGAACCGUCGAGGCUGUCAAGAAACUCCUCGCCGCAAACGUCACCGUGGUCAUGUACUUUGGCGACGCCGACUUCAAUUGCAACUGGCUGGGCGGCCAAGUGGUCGCGGACAAUGUCAACGCAACAGGUUACGCCGCCGCCGGCUUCGUGGACAUCACCUCGUCCGACAACAUCGUGCACGGCCAAGUCAAGCAAUCCGGCAAAUUCGCGUUCGUGCGCAUCUACGAAUCGGGCCAUCUCGUUCCCUUCUUCCAACCCCUGGUAAGCCUCGAGCUCGUGGAUCGGGUGCUCAACGGCUUCGACAUUGCGACUGGCGACAUCGUCGUCACGCCCAAAUAUAUCACCAACGGCACCAAAUUCUCCACCUACCAGGAAGGCAAUGCGACCGUGCAGUUCGAGGUCACGCCCGACACCAGUGUCUACAACACCACGACGAACAGCCCGAGCAAUGGCACAGAUAGCCCGCCCGCAGCGAAGUUGAAGAAGCGCAGUGCCCGUGAAGAGAGGAAAUACAAGCCGUAUCGCUUCGGCGAGUGGAUGAAGAACAAGCGCCAGGCGGAUCUGUCGCGGUGGUUGUGA